AUGUCCAACAUGUUCCGAAAUGCUUCAGGAGUCGUGGGAAAUGCAGGCAAACAACUCCAAUCUACCACUAAAAGGGUGGGCAAUACUAUCCAAGCCACAACCGAUAGGAUGCUCCCAGCCCAGCAACGCAAGGAAAUCGCCCAAACCCUCCGCUUCUUCGCUGAGGACAACCCAAAGCUGGCAGCCUUCCUCGCGACACAAGCUGUCCUAGCUGGCCUUCCUCUUAUCCUCUUCGUCGCCUUUGCUACGACGACUCUUCUAGUCUCACUUACCACCUGCCUACUGCUGGGUCUUCUGGCCUCUCUAGCCUUCACUUUCAUGGUCGUUGGCUUUGCUCUCAUCUUCGUUGUACCCACUGUCUUUAUUGCCAGCUGUUCGGCAACCUUCAUCUUCAUCUGGGGUCUCGUCGGCUACACUAUCCUUCGACGGCUCAAUGGGGGUGAGACGCCCUCCAAGCGCGGUACACGGAUGGGAGAUAAGCUGCACGGGCUGAAGAAAGGCCAGACUGGAAUACACGUUGGUGGUGAGGCAGGUUAUGGCCAAGACAGCAAGGAAGUACGCAAGCCGUCCACGAAGAAACACGGUGCCAGCAAGAGCGACGACUGCGACAAUGCAUCACGUCGUGGGAAUGGUGGGUACGCGAAUGGAGAAAAUGGCCACCAGAGUACGAUUGAGUGGGAACAGAAGUGGGACAAUGGAGUUCAGCCGCACCCUGUUUCCGUUGAAGUUGAUAACCCUUAUCAGGUUCUCAAAGCUGAAACUGAAGUAUAA